AUGAAGUCGGUGAAACCGAAGACAGGGCAUCACGAGUUUCAGUACAAAGAACUGAAGACAAAAUGUAAAGGUUCAGGAAAGCCCCAGUUGCAAACAGCUGAAAUCAUAACCACUUCCCAUGAAUUCACACACCCAAAAUCAUUAACACCAAAGCCUUCAUUCAUGUCACCAAGCACAUUUCGGCCGCAAGAUAUAUCCUCAUCAUCAUCAUCACAUAGUUCAUUCAACAUACUUGAUCAUUCCACAUCAUCAUCCUCUGUAGUUUCAUCUCAUGUCCAAACUCCAUCGUCUUCAUCCUCACAUGGCUCAUUCCACAUAAAAGAUCAGUCUACAUCAACUUCACACGAGCAUUCCUCAUCUGCAACGUCAUCAUGUAAUCUUGAAAGUGUUCCACAGUCAACUCCUUCCAGACGACAGAGAGCGAAGAAACUGCGUAAAGGUCGGCGUAAGGCAAAGCCCAAGAACACUGGAGCCAGGAAACAACCAGGACGAAAAUCAAAAAAAGGAAAGUGA